ACCCCAUCUUUUCACUGUUUCUUCGCUUUGUUGCUUUCCACCGAAAUGGAGCAAGAUUCCCAUCAUCACCAAAGAUGGGAAGGCAAGGUUUCAGCGAGGGUGCGAAACGUCACCAAAGCACAAGCUUGGCCUCUGGUGAAAGACUUCUUCAAUAUCCACAAGUUCUUCCCCACGCUCGCCACGUGCUACGGACUUCACGGAUCUAACGGUGACCCUGGCUGCAUAAGAUACUGUGCCGGGUUCUCCAUCCCAUCCAACGGUCCAGAAAGUGUGAGCUGGUCCAAGGAGAGGCUGAUUGCCGUUGAUGAUGUUGACUUCUGGCUCAAGUAUGAGAUAGUGGAGAGCAACAUCGGGUUCAAUUCGUAUGAAUCUACGAUGAAGGUCUUGAGCGAUAAUGAUGAUGAGUCAAAUGGAUGUAUGUUAGAAUGGUCCUUUGUCGUUGAUCCUGUGGAAGGGUUGGAGCUUGAGGAACUGGUUAGCAAGUACCGUGUGGCAGUUCAGGUUAUGGGCCAGAAAUUCGAGGAAGAAAUUCAAAGUUUGGUAAGUAGAAUUUUGAAGAAUUGACAACUUUGAUGAUAUAUUUGGUUUGUUAAUACGUUUGUUUGGAUUUGAUACUGUGUUCAAGAGAGUUAUAAUUUCACUAAUUUUUUAAA